ACUUAUAUAUCGUGAAAAAGGAAAAAAAAGAAAUUAAGGAAAACUAAUGUUAAAAUAUAUAAAUACGAAUAGAGAGAAACGUUUUUCGACGUUGUUAUCCGUAUACAAUAAUCGAGGACACGACUUUCACUUUUACAAUGGUAGUUCGUUCGAUCGUUAACACAUCUCGUUACAAAUAUUAAACGAACGUAUGACAUUAAAAUAUUAAACAACAAUAUAUGUAAUUUUAUUCUUUGUAAUAUUUUUGGAAAGAGUUUAACAAAGAACCUGAAGUUAUGAAGUUGAUAAUCAUUUGGCUUUUCAGUUAUCUAACGAUCCAAGCAUUUGCCUAUGAUCCAGACGAUAAAUCUUUAAAAAAUAUCUUAUUAUCUGGUGGUCAAUUUGAAGCAUUUUAUUUAAAGGGAAAAGAAGCUGAAGAACAAAAUGCUGCAAGACCAGCACAUCUUCAUGGAACUUUUCAUCUUUACAGAAAUCCUGCUUUAGUCGAUGCACCUAAUAGUGCCGCUUAUGGUUUUCGAUUUGAUGGAAAACGUCGUUUCAAUUUUAAUUAAUAUAUUUUUUUUCUUUUUUGAACUUCAUAGUAUUAAAUUAAUACUGCAA